AAACAUCACAUAUUUUAGCAUCCUUUAUUCAGCUGCAUUGAAUCAGGGAUCCGUUGUUUAGCAUAGUCUCCCGUCCGAGGAUGGAUGAAUAGGCGAGGCACUGCCUGAGCCCACUCUUACGUUCCACUCUUUUCACCAAAAAUGGCCGUAACAGUUCUUCUCAGACGUAUAUUUCCCCAAAACCCAAAACCCUUCAUCUCUCUCUCGCUACAGCGCCGGCCAUUUCUCUCCUCUGCCCCUUCCACUAACGCCCCUCCAGAACCGUCUUCUUUGUCCGCCCGGAUGCGCUUUGUCUUUGAUCAAAUUGACGCCAUCCAGGAGGAGCGGGUGGAAAAAGACCAGACACUCCAACGCAUACGCGCCUGGCGUGAAUCCAAGAAGUCAAGUCUACCACAACCCCAAGCCCAGCCGCAAACGGAAACUCAGGGUUCGGCUCCUAAUGAGUGGACGGAGAUGGGUCCGGAGAAGGAGAAGUGUUCUGCUGCUGGUCAAGGCGGGUUGAUGGCUAAGAAGGUGGAGUUGGUUCACCCUUGGCCGGAGUGGAUUGAGCUUAUGGAGAGGCUGGUUCAGCAAAAUUACUUUGAUCACAUGAGAAAAGACGAGGACAGGAUGAUUGUGGACUCAGGUUUCAGUGUUUCUGCUGUUGCAGAACAGGAAGGGCUCGACUUUACUAGGGAUUGGAAGACUGUUGAGACUGCUGUUCUCAAUUUUGGUCGGGACAGAUUCGAUGUCUUAAGGGCAUUGCCUCGACAGGAUAUACAAAUACUUGUUGGCUAUGGGUGCCCAAGUGCAGAUAAGAGGCUUGUUUUUUCAGCCAAACUAUUGAGGAAACAUGUACAUCUGGACGAAGGAGAUGUUUGUAGCUCCUGUAGUUUGAGGAGCACUUGUGAAAAAGCAUACCUACUCACAAAUAAGGAGGAUGAGGCUAGGACUAUUGAUGUUAUGCGUGUUCUAUUGGCUUAUGCCUUUGAUCCGGUGAAUGGUUCAGUUGCUAAUAAGUCUCUUUUGAAGAUGAAAGCUGUGAAGAGUGUUAUUCGAAAAUUGCUUCAUGAUGUGGUCAAGAUAAGUGCUGUUCCAAUAGACCCAAAUCUUCCACCUCCUAUUAUAAAAAAGCCCCCACCCAAAGUCAAACAGCCACCGCCUACUCCUAAGAAACGUGUUGGGCGUGAUGAUGUUGAAAUGAAGAAAGGAGAUUGGCUAUGUCCAAAAUGUGACUUUAUGAACUUCGCCAAGAAUACUGUGUGCUUACAAUGUGAUGCCAAGCGUCCUAAGAGACAGCUGCUUCCAGGAGAAUGGGAAUGUCCCCAGUGCAAUUUCUUAAACUAUCGGAGAAAUGUGGCAUGCUUUCAUUGUGAAUGCAAGCGCCCAGCUGAUGAUUAUACUGGAAGUCAACUUAAGGAGAGGCAAAAUAAUCGCAGGAUGGAUUUAGAUGAGAAGAUGCCAAAUAGGGUUGCUCGACACAAUGUCUCUAAUGCUUGGAAUUUUAACUUUGAUGAUGACGAGUCAGAUGGUGCCGAUGUCGCUGCCUUUGAGUAUGCAGAUUCUCAUAAACUAGAUGUUGAUUUUCCACUAGACAAGCAAGCACACAAUGCAGUUUCUAAGCCUCCAAGGGAGUACGAGACAGAUUAUUCCAGUCCCCAGCAGCCAGGACUAGGAUUUAAUGAUUUUGAUGAUGAGGAAGAUGACGUUGACAGUUAUGAAGUAGAUACUCAAAAUGCAAUGCAUAAAAGUUCUCAAAUCAAUUACUCCGAUUUUGAAGAUAACUCUGAAGAUGAAGAUUUGGGUGCUAAUGAUAAUAAUAUGCUUGGUCGUCACCACAAAAACUCUAUUUAUGGUCGAAAGUCCAAGUCAAUGCCUGACAAAGUCACCUUGCCUAGCUCUGAAGAUUCUGACAUUGAUUUUGAUUCUGACAAUGAACGUCCAAUUCAUAAAAAUUGGAACCAUGGUCAUUUAUCCAGCUCUAAACAAAGAACGUUUACUAGGCAUUCUUCUAGUUUAGAGUCAGAUGACAGCGAUGAUGAUAUGAGAAGCCGACACAAGAAAGGAAUGAAAGCCAAUAGGGAGUUUGGGGGUAGAGGAAGCUCAAAUAACAAAUAUGAGCAUUCCUCUGAUACUGAGAGAUCUAAACAAAGAACGUUUACUAGGCAUUCUUCUAGUUUAGAGUCAGAUGACAGCGAUGAUGAUAUCAGAAGCCGACACAAGAAAGGAAUUAAAUCCAAUAGGGAGUUUGGGGGUAGAGGAAGCUCAAAUAAUAAAUAUGAGCAUUCAUCUGAUAUAGAGACUGAUGAUGAUGACCUAAAUUAUCGUAGAAGCAGGCAGAGAGGUCAAAGGGGUAGUUCCAGUUUUGCUGACUGCCGUGACAGGGCUUCUAAGACACAAAACUAUUUUGCAGAUGACUCUAAUAGGAGAUCAAGGGAAUUUCAUAGGAAUGGUAAGAGCAUCCGAGAUAAUAAAGACUGGUCUAGAACAGACUCCAGAGGUGGUGAGUCAACAAAGAAUCUUAGAAGUGGUAGAGGAGGAUUUUCUAAUUCAGGUCCCAGAACCAACAAUUAUGGUAAUCAACCAGAUAGUUACCUAAACAGCGAAAGAUACAAGAGGCCAAGAGUAAAUGUGAGAUGAAACGGGUACAUGAUGAUCAAUGUUGAUAGAGUGGCUUCUGGGUUUCAAGAUAGUUGUUCUACACCUCUACUGAAGUAGACACUCAUCUGCCAUCUGCCAUCUGCCAACUGCCAACUGCCAACUGCCAACUUUUGAUUAGAGUUCAAUUUAUAUCUUCUCAGUUAACUGUCCGACUGGUGUUGGGAGGCCCUCUGGGAUGGGAUGUCAUUCUUGUAGAUUUUCCUUUAAUAGAAAUCAGGAAGAGGUAAAUUUUGAGCACUUUUCAGUGUGCUUCCUAGAAAACUGUGUCUUUUAUAAAGGAAGCAGCUGGCAGAUUGACUAUUGACGACUUGGAGUGUUGCUAUUUUUGUUUGUGUGAUAAUAACUAGAUGAAGUCCAAGCACGGAGGAGAGUUGUAGUCAAGACUUGCUCACAGCCAUGGUUGAAUUAUUUAGUUGGGAUUGAUCUUCUCUCACCAGAAGUCAGUAGAGAUGAACGUUAGUAGUAGUCAACCCUUGUAUGCUUGAAGCUUAUAUACACGGAUAUGCCGUUUAAUUUUCAUUAGUACCUGCUCUUGACAAGGGCGUAUGAUAUUUGCCAAAGAUAGAUGAGGCUUUAUGCUAGUCUCAGUUGGAAUGGCUUUGUUGCGAAUGGAACUAAACUGAACCAAGUACUUGUUUGGCUAGAGAUCUUUAGAUGUAAGAGGGAGGAAAGUCGAACUAAACGAAUAAAAUUGUAUGAACAAUUUAAACGAGGAUAUUUUUCCUUUAUACUCCCCCGUCCCAAUAAUUCUUCCUAGUUUGACUUGGCUCGCAAAUUAAGGAAGUUUGAAUAAAGUGGAACAUUCCAGCUUGAGGUACACAUUUUCAUAC